CAAUAUACGAUAUUAUGAUAUUAUUAUAAUGUAAAUGUUUUGCCGGUUGAGACGAAAUUGCAAGAACUCGGCGCGUAAUGGUACGAUUACAUAUUUGUGUUAAAUUUACGUAAUAUCGUCAAUUAAAAACAAAAAGUACCAAAAAAAAAAAUUAAUUGGGGAAAGUAGACGAGAUUUAAACACGACGAUGCCAUAUCAUUAUUAUUUAUUGUUAUUAUACACAAUUGCUCUGGAAACAAUGAGAUUUAAUGACGAUUUCCGUCAACCAAUAUUGCGAAAUUUGGCGACGCUUCGAACAAUAUACUCAUAAGAAGAGUUACCGAAUUGAAACGACGAAGGAAACGUCGCGUACAUGGGUUUUUUCGUCGUAUUCUUAUUUGUUUACGUCUGCACUCUCUCGUGUCUACUGUAGUCUUCGCAGCAUCCUCUCGUCGUCACUCGGAGAUUUAUACUCACGCAAAAUGGUUCGACAGGCUGUCAUGUUGCCGAGUGUCUGGGCAUUUGCAGGACUUUACGGACUUUACGCAACGUCUGCGGGCGCCGUCGUGGCCAAAUCCAUAAAUGGUACGUCGUCAAAAUUACAGAACGGUAUCGACGGCCUGGAAACCAGCCAGACUCGAGUCAACCAAGUGGACGGACCUCCGCGGUCGGAAGGUUACCGGGUUACGGGUUCGGCUUCAGACAACCACGUAUCCGGCAAAGACUACGGCUACGGCGGUGGUUCGGCGGGCGGUUAUCCCGUGGAAAACUCUUAUGGCCCGCCCAAGGAUUACUACUAUGACGAACGACCUGAGUACUUCAAUAAUCCUUACGAUCAUGCCGGUCACCACCUGCAGAGCAUCGGCCCGCCACCAGAUAUGAUUUAUCAUCAACGUCCUCAUUCACAUCAACAGCAACAUCAGCAUAGCGGUGGAGAGGUCCAUAACCCCGGAGAAUUGAACGUACAACCGAUACUGUGGCCUUUAGCCGGAAUCGCGCUACUCGGAGUGCUGUCAGCCCUCGUCAAAACCCCUUUGCUGUUGAACUUGGGCCACAUAGGUCACCGCCGUCGCCGAAGGAGAGACGCGGAUGACGGAGACGAGGGAAAUGUCGCAGAAACGAUCAAAUCGCUUUUGGAAAAGUUCAGUGACAAGGAACGAUGGAGGGUGGAUCAACAAAAAUCGUGUCUAGUGUGCAAUUUGAUGGCGGGCAUUUUUCAUCAAAAGUUCACUUGCGUCGAGAGAUCUAUCUGCGAAAUAAUGUCUCGAAAUGGACCAGACGGGUCAGAAACGGAUAAACGAUUGUUAACUGCAACUAUCGCACAAGUCGUAGGAAAUGAUCAAAUUCCUGAGGAAUUCAAAAAACGUUUGGAGACGGCUGAGAGGAUCGGUCGGAGCGGAUCGAACUGCGAACAGUUGUAUCAGUGCGAGGACGGUGCACCGGAAACGGCGCGCAAAUAAAUCAAAAACAACAUUGUACAUAUUAUAUGCUUACAUAUUAUUAACACAGUAUAUUCAUUUUUGAAUUGUACAUAAUUUUUACGAAAUACACAUUGCACAUUGAAAAAUUCGUCAACACAUCCAAUAAUUUUGACUAAUAAAAACAUAGUUAUAAUUAUUUAAAAAUAUAUAUUAUUUUUGUUGGUUUUGGUUUUCUUAUUAUUUUUUUAUAUAUAAUAAUAUGUAGGUACGCCUAAAAUAUUUAAAUAAUAGCAAUUAAAUAUUAUUAUAUUUUGUCUUAAUUAAUUUUACAAUUUUGUCAUACGUAUAUAUAUAUAUAAUAUAUAUAAUAGCUACAAUGUUUAUGUAUAAUAAUAACACAAUAUUAUAUUUUUAAAAUUAUUAUUAUUAAUCGUUUUUAAUGAAUAAUUUGUAACUUAACGAAAUCGUUAAUUAUUGCAGAAAAAAUUGCUAUUGAGGUAGAUGGAUUAAUAUUUGUUGAAGAAAAAACAAUGUUUUUUAAAAAAAAAGGUACAUGUUAUAGAUGAUUCACAUAAAAAUUAUGAUUGUAAUAAUUAUUUCUGUUGUAUAUAAUAUAAAUAACCCAAAUAUG